AUAUGAUCUCAUAAUAUCUACUGACCUCAGGUUUUAGAUUAUUGAGGACUUAUAUUUAUCUCACUUUAUCGUCUCCACUUUAACCUUACACAAUCUCAAAGUUUGGAUGGAGAAGUGCCCAAUGAGGUUAACAGGCUUGGACAGACAAAGGAUAUUGUCUCUCCAAGCCUUCACCCUGCCGCUCUCCCAGGAUGAGCGACCGUUCCCCUGCUAGAAAUGUUUUCAUCGAGUUAGCAUCGGAACCGGGCACCAUUCAAGCUGGACUAUGUGCUGCAAGGAACUUGACAAGAGCACAGUUUCUGGAUAUGCUUCGAGUGCUCUUUGUACCACCGAACGCAUUUCAUGUCUGUGAAUGGGGGUCUACCACCCCCAUAUCUCCAACCUCACAAGUCCUUCGUCAUGGUCGGUACGUCGUACAUCCAAGUAUCGAGGGACAGGAAGUCAGCGUCAGCAAUGAACGUUACUUCCCAAGAACUAUGUCAUUGGAAAGUACGGCCAGCACGGAGAGAUUCAGGGACCAAGUGAGACACCGUGACCGACGGUGCGUAAUUACCCAUAACCGGGCUCUAGACGCGCCAUAUGAUAGUUGGACUGGAUUUCAAGCGGCGCAUAUAUACCCUCGGUCCCUAUCUGAGUUGUUCACUGUCCACGGAUUUGCAAACAAGCUCACCUAUGACAUUUCCGAGGACGUAAAUUCCCCUCAAAACGGUAUCCUGCUGCGUCAAGACAUCCAUGCACUUUGGGAUAGUUAUGAAAUCGCCGUGAAUCCGAACGCUGGUUACAGAGUUCACGCAUUUCGGCCAAGCACAUGGGAGUUCCACAAUAGAGUCAUGCAUGUGUGUUGCCGGCAGCAGAAUCACCCCCAAAGGGUCGUUGAUCUCUUUCUACGAUGGCAUUUUGAGCAAGCAGUGCUGUGCAAUAUGCGCGGUGCUGGUGAGCCCAUGUGGGAGUUCGAUUUCCCACCAGGCUCAGACAUGGUAGGCGAGAUCCUCCGAGGCCCUCUUCCCGCACAACGAAUGGAGGUAGAAUUGUUCGAACGGUUGCAUGGCUACGACGGCGCAAGAUCCGAGGAGGAUUCGGACAAGGAUGAGGAUGACGAUAGAGAAUGAAUACUGUGGAAAGCGUGCAAGUGUACCAAGUAUCCUCUACAGCGGAACCUGCCAUGAUCCUUUCGGGUCACUUGGCUUACGGUUCGUGGGAUCUAUGGUUGGUCAAGUGAACAGGACAUUCGUGGAGACAUAGGACCCAAUAAAUAGGAAAUACUGGUCUACAUCCUUGCAUAUCCAUUUUGUAAGUAGAUAGAUAAUCUAGGCAAAAGCAUCUUGGGG